AUGAGAAGCAGAAGAACACCACACAACACGCUGGACCGUCCAGUGGUGAUGCACCCUGGUUCUCGCCAACACGUCUCCGAGAGCGAGGUGCUGCAGUUCUUGGGCCAGUUCAUUCAGGAACGUGAAAGUGAGGGCGACACAGAUGCAUCGGGAGCGGUCGCUCAACUUCGCAGAAUUGAGCGCGACUUCAAGGGACUUCCGCCAGCCGUGCUCGACGCCCAAUAG